AUUUUAUAAUUCUCAUCAUUUCACUAUUUUGGUAUCAAAUAGUUAUUCACUUCAAUAAAAGUUCUGGUUUUUAUCUUGUUCAGCCUCAAACAACCAAUAAUUAUCGGUUCCUCUUUGAAGAGGAAACGAAGGCAAACAAGGGGGAAACAAAGGAGAAAAUGCGUUGGAAAACAAAAAUAAAAUAAGAUGGUAACGUGCCAAAUUAUCUGCUUUUUCACAUAAGAGAGAAAAGUCCGCAGUUUUUUUAAAUAACUGAUGUGAAGGCAAAAAAACGACAUUUUCUAUUUGUUCGUAUUUAUUUUCCCUUUAUUGGUUGCUUGAGGCACUACUUCAUUUUCAUACAUAAUAAACUUAAUUGUUCGUUUUGGGUAAUUAGCACAAAAACUCCAUUUUCCCCAGGAUCUUAUAUUGUUUUUAGGAAAUCUGUUCAAAUUUUUUCGGAAGUAAACCCGAGCACUAAUCUGGUGUGCCAAAAACUGUAGUAUCUUAUCAAAUACAUUUCUACUUGUAUUGAUGUGCUCUAUUCUGUUAAACUGAGAAAAGCAGCUUCAAUAUUGGCUUAGACUAAUUUUCUCACAUUCGUUAAGUCCAGAUACGGUACCAAAAAACUGGAGGCUAGCUCACAUUUCACUCGACUUUGAAGGAGACGAACAUGAAAUAGUAGAGAAUCUCUUUAAAAAGACUUGUCUACUCAUUUCUCUCUUACUGAAUGCGUUGAUAUAAAUACGAUUGGGGAGUUAUCACAGAGAAGAAGAAGAAGCAUAGAUCAUAAAUCAAUAUUUUUUAUAAUUGUGCCCAAUUAUCAUCCUACUACUUAUUUCUAUAUUCAAUCAUUUGGUCAGUGAUUCUAUCUUCUAAAUUCUUGCAUCGUUUCUAUGAGUAAAUGAUCACAUUAGCCAUCUCAUUCAUUUCAGAAUGUUAUAAAAUAAACUGGUCAUUGUAAAACACUGUCCUUUCACUUUUCCAGAUCUCUUAUUGUAUUAUUAAUUAAAAUAUCAGAAUUAUCCAAGACUAUUGCAAAACUUUAUCAUGGUAUACAAUUGUUAAUAAUGAAAUGGUUGAAUCAAUCUACCAAUAAAUCAAAUGGAUCGGUUAGUAAAAAUAUUAGCAUGGAAACUACACAAACAAUACUGGAUAAGAAUGAAGCUUGUAGACAAUCGUUAAAACAACAAAUUCAUCUAAUCAAUGAAUCGCAAAUCUCUACAACAAAAAAAGAAAAAACAGAAAUGAUAGUCAAUAGAAAGGAAACACUUGAAAAUAAGAAUAUGAAUGUAAAACAAGCAGCGAUUAUUAUCCAGUCGAAUUGGAGAGGUUAUUCUGAUAGAAUGAAAAUAAAACGUAUGAAUGAAAGCAUUGGAACUUUACAGCGACAUUUUAGAGAACGUCAAUUGAAAAAAUUAGAAAAUGAGCAACAAAUUCAACUUGAAAAAGAAUCUCAGAUGAUGAUCACAAAGAAUCGUCAUAAACGUUAUCGAGAGAAAUUAGAAAGAGAAAUUAAAUUAUGGUCAAGUUUACCUGGUUGUUUAGUUGAAAAUGAAUGGAAUAAAGAACGUGAAUUAGCUGCUAUAUCUAUUCAACGACAUUAUCGUGGUUACUGUGUACGAAAAUAUAUGAAAAAUCAACGAGAUUAUUUAAAGCGUAAUAAAGCUGCUAGAAUAAUUCAAUUAUAUUUUCGUAAAUAUUUAUCACGUAUAGAGUGUGCAUCGUCUGGUAAAGGUGUAUUCAAAAUAAAUUCAACAGAGAAUAAAUUAAUCAAUAAUAAAAAAUUAGAAAUCACUAUGAAGAAAGUUCUCGAAGAACAUCAAAAAUGGUGUGAAACACAUCAACAAAGUAUGAGACCAAUCAAUCAAUUAGAAGAUGUCCAUAAAGAAACCCUAGUUAAAAUUGAUCAGUAUCGCCGUAAUUAUCGAGUAAACAGUAUUAAAAGUCAAACUAGACAAGUGACAUUAACAAGAAUGAAGAUCGACGCAGAUUUACUGUUGAAUGAGUUCACUGACGAAGAAGAAGAAGAAGAAAAAGAAAAGGAUAAACAGUUAAAAAAUGAAAUAAAACUCAAGAAAACAACAACACUAAAUGAAAUAGUUGAUAAACAUAUUGAAAAUUCUGAUUUAACUAAUGCAUUUAGUCAAUUCACUUGUCGUGUUCAACCAUUGACACGUUUAGCUCAAAUGGAACAUCAUGAUAAAAUGAUAAGAAUGAAUUUAAACAAAUCAUGGUGGAAUAUAUUCAUGGAUGAAUGGAGAAAGAAACAAGAUGAGUAUAUACUAUCAUAUAAUAAAAAUUGCUCAAAUUUGAUAGAUACCGAUGUUACUAAUUCAAAUGUUGAUAAUGAUGAUUUAUCAUGGUUACCUGAUCGAUUUAUUGAAGAAUUGGAGAGUCGGGAUAUUUUUCAACGGUGAAAUAUGCAUUUUUCUUUGAAUUAUAUCUUUUUACCUAGGGUAAUGCAGAUGAACGUAAACUAGAUUUAUCAGAAUUAAUUUUAUUGCUAAGGAAAAAUCAUAUAAAUUUCAAGAACUGGAUUCAAUAAGUUGUACUUUAACAUUUUGUACACCAUACCGGUGAUAAUAGAACAUGUUACCUGAUGUUAU